AUGGACCCGAACAAGCUUCGAGAAUUCAUCUCGGCGCGCUGCGUCACCGGCGAGGGCUUGGUCGUGUCGCGCCGCGAACUCAGAGAUGCUUUCAUGGAUUGGAAUGGAGGGAUGAGCGUUCCAAAAGGUCUGCCCGGAGCCAUGGAGGAGGGAGGCUACGCUCUAGCAUUUAGAGUUUACGGUCCGGAAAGAAAGAGUACUGGCGUCUAUCUUGGCCUCCGCCUACAAACACAACAGAUCCUUCCAAGACCACAGGUUUUCAGUGUGCCUCGUGGACACGUAGUCAACGUUCCGCAGGGACAUACGGACCUGGUACUCAAUUCUUUAUUUGGAGAGUUCCGUGGCGCAUCCAUCAAACGGACUGAUGACGCGCCACCAAAGAUCAGUAUCCUUGAUGUUAUCACUGCCAUCACUGGGACGGUCAAUGCCAGAAAAACUUGGGCCGAUCUAUCGAGACGAUUUGAAGACGAAGGGACCCGCCUGAACAUAUCAACAGCAAGAUUCUUUGGGCGCGGUCAGAACGAUACACCGGUGACGGACGCCUCCGGUAUGAUCACCAUCAUCAAUAAUCUGGGUGGAAGCGGCGCUGCAAAGUUUCGCAUGAGAUUUGCCGACAUUUUAGUCCGUUAUCUAGGCGGGGACGAGAGGUUGAUAGGAGAGAUCCGUGGCAUCCACGACGGAUAUGAGAUGUCUCAGUCUUUUAGGAUGGACUCCGACAAGCUUCGCGCUUUCGUCUCGGCGCGGUGCGACGCCGGCAAGGGGUUGCUCGUCGCGCGCCGCGAGCUCAGAGAUGCGUUCCAGGCGUGGCAGGGAGGAGAGCCCGUUCCCAGGGGUUUCUCCGAGGCCGUGGAGGCGGCGGGCUACACAAUCGCGACUAGGGCGUACGGGCCGAACCGAAAGAGCACCGGCGUCUACGUCGGCUUAGGUUUACGUCCGGUGGUCGAGUUCACCGCUGAGGUUGUCAAACAGACGCCGUCGCUCGACGACGUCGGUGCGGUCGUCAGCAUCCAGCCGACGGACCUGGUUCUCGACCAUGAACUAUUUGGGGAGUUCCGAGGCGCUCGCAUCAGGAAGACGGCUGAUGUGCCACCCAAGAUCAGCAUCAUCGACCUGAUUGCGGCUGUCACGGGCGCUUUGAAUUCCAGAAAAACUUGGCACGACCUAUCCAAACGGUUUGAAGAGGAAGCUGUUACCGUUGGGAACUACUUCGCGAAGUUCCCAGGGCAGGGCCAAAACGACACUCCGGUGACGGAUGCGCGGGGCGUGGUCACCAUCAUCAACCGCCUCGGUGGGACGCGUGCCGGAAAGUUCCGUGAGAAGUUCGCCGACACCUUGGUUCGUUACCUGGGCGGGGACGAGACGCUGAUCGGCGAGAUCCGCAGCAUCAGGGAUGCGCAGGAGCGUCUUCCGGAGGACCACCCGCUCAGGAUCUUCGGUCAGACGGUGGAGGUGGAGCGUGGGACCGAGCCCGCCGACCCCGACUGCGACGUGCAGCGCGCCCUCAAGCGCCAGAAGCUGCAGAACGAGCUGGAUGAGGAGAUCGAGAGGGGAAAGAAAAACGUGCGCGCCAUCAAGCUGCAGGACUGCAGGGAGACCGUUCAGGCGAAAGGCGAGAUCAUCGAGAUCCUGUUGGCGGGAAGCGCAGCUGGUCUCCCCACGCCCCCCGCACUGCUGGGCAUGCUCAACGCUGCCCGCCACAAUUUCGCGUCGCAGGCUAUCGCGCAGCUGAGCGCACUGACCGGCGACGUCGCUUCCGGCUCCCAGGGCGGCCCUCCGGCUCUGCCGGCUCCCGCUGCACCUGCGGCGACGGCACAGCGAGUGACGGUGCUGGAGGUCGGGAGGGACGUUCUGCGCCUCAAAUCCGACCGUCUGGUCUCGAGCCACCUGUCCAAGGUCGGUCUCGCCGUGGGAAAGCGCUGGAUGAGCAUCUCCGGAAACGGGAGUCUCGACCAGAACGGUCAGAACGAGUGGGAGCGCACGUACAAGGAGGACGCGAUCGUGCGCAAGGAGGCGGUUCAUGCGAUCACGCCGGACAUGCUGGCGCGCCAUCGCAUCAGGUUCUCGCAGGCGUACUUGGGAACGAACGAGGUCGGGGCGGGACAGACUUUCAACGUCUGGACCUAUCCCAAAGACGGGGCCGAGGAGCUCAUCAAGGACGCUUUCGCGACCACGGUCUAG